GCGGUGUACGCGGAUGAAGGUUUCAGUCGCCGGUUUAAUAAGUCAUCGUUGUGCGCCAUUUCGGUUGCUGCUUGUCUAUGAUCAACAGUAAAUUGGUUGUCGCCGUCCCUGAGAUUCAUGUUUCAUUCUGGAUUGUUAAAUUCCUCCUUACAGAGUGAUGAAAAGUUUGAAACGAGAAAUCAAGCCAAAAGAAGGCUCGAUAUCCCCCGUUGAAGGUGUUCCAGUAACAUUGGUCCAGGACAUUAAUGCAGAACAUUGCAUUAAGGGUGUGACAUCCUCAGCCCAUCCCCAGCCUGAUGCAGAAGCAGGUUCUAUUCAGCUUUCCGUGGUCUAUUUCAGAAGUGAAUUGUUGUCACAAGUGUGCCGAGUGGUCAGUAUGCCACAAAUCAAGGUCUGAACCAGUAGAAUUGAAGAUUGUAUUCAUUUGAAAGUGAAACAUCUGUUGGCUGCGACUAAUUUACUUGGAUUUGUUAUUACUUUGGAUUUUAACAGUUCUCAAAAUAAGAAUGAAGAAUCAAGCAAGAUGAAUAUUUUGUCAUCAUGUAUUCAGGCAUUAAAUAUUUUCCUUCUUUUUUGAAAGGCAGUAUUGGCCACCUCAGGAACCACUUUAAAUGCUUGUCCACUUCAUCUGUAAGAUUUUGUAGCCAAACAAAGCAACAGAAUCUUCUGAAAGCAGAGCAAAAGAACUGGAAAGUUUGUUCAGCAAACUACAUAGAUUUGAGAGAGAGGAUUAAACAAAAAUUGGAACAAUACUAUGACAGCCAUUCAUCAGUUCUAAAUAGACUGAUGAUGAAGAGAACUACGAAGCAUUACUUAGCACAGAAGCGCUACCAUUUGAAAAUUCUUUCAUCCACAAAAUCCGAAUUUCCUCAGAUCAUGGAUAUAUGGCUACUGGAAUUAAAAGUGCCAGCUCUGAAGAAUGUGCUUGUAUUAUUGUGAAACUACAUCCAAUAUCAAAAGUGGAAUGUGUUAUCCCAAAUGCAUUUAGCUUCGAAUGGGCUACACAUGAGCUUCUGUUCUAUACCAUCCAAAAGAAUCUUCAGUGUCAUACUGUAUACUUGUCUGAUUUUAAUAAAAAGCAUUCUGAAUUGGUGUAUACAGAAAGUGACGCAAGGUACUUUGUAGAUCUCUACCGCACAAAGGAUAAACAUUUUAUUACUAUAAAUAGUAAUAGCAAGACCACUUCUGAAGUAUGGUUGGUAGACUGUCAUCACCCUUUUAAAUCUCCUGUUCUUGUCCAGAAACGAACCAAAAAUAUCAUUUAUCAUGUUGAACAUCGAAAUAAUGAGCUAUAUAUUCCUACUACAUAUGGUAACCCUGUGGGGUACAAGCUGAUGAAAGCUCCAGUUGGUUCAUGUGGUUUGGAGAAUUGGCAGCCCAUUUACACAGUAAAAGAAAACACCAAAUUAAUCGACUUAGAUAUGUAUAGAGAUCAUUGUGUGAUCUUUCUAAAACUUGGUGGUGAGAUCUAUUUGGAUAUUAUUUCUCUGGUAUCAAAUACAGUUGAAAAUGUUAAGCUACCUGCUUGGGCCUGUUCACUAGAAUUGGAACCUAAUUCUGACUAUACUGCCAACACUUGCUAUUUUUGGCUCAUGUCUCCUCUUCAGUCUCCAGUUCGUUUUGCAUAUUCAUUGAUGGAAAAGAGCCUUAUUGAAUUUACUGAGCAAGAAGUACCAAUUACAGAAAAUUAUAAAACUGUACGUCUAGAAGCUAAGAGCAAGGAUGAAACUUGGGUACCAAUUACAGUUUUUUAUAAAAACAAUUCUACACAGCUGCACAAGAUGCCACUUCUGGUUCAUGUCUAUGGAGCUUAUGGAAUAGAUUUGAACAUGACAUUUAAAGCAGAGAAUCUAAUGUUAAUCAAAGAUGGAUGGAUAUUAGCUUUUUGUCAUGUUAGGGGUGGAGGAGAAUUGGGCUUGAGAUGGCACAAAGAUGGUUGUAUGAUGAAAAAACACAAUGGUAUCCAAGACCUCCAGGCCUGCAUCAUGUUAUUGCAUGAACUUGGAUAUUCUCAGCCUAUGCAAACAGCCUUAAGGAGCAUGAGUGCUGGAGGAGUUCUUGCAGGUGCCCUCUGCAAUUUUGCACCUCAUCUUAUCAGAGUUGUGGUUUUACAGGCACCUUUUCUGGAUAUUUUAAAUACAAUGCUGGACCCUUAUCUUCCCUUGACUAUUGAGGAACAAGAAGAAUGGGGAGAUCCUGUGGGAGAUGAGUCCAACAAAGAAUAUAUUAAAAGUUAUUGUCCAUACCAAAAUAUUAAGCCACAGAAUUACCCUUCUCUUUUUAUCACAGUUUCUGAGAAGGAUCAACGAAUUCCCAUGGCAGGAUUGUUAAGAUACAUCAAUAAACUUAGAAAAGCUGUACAAGAUCAUGCCAAAAGCAACAAUUCAGAUGAUAAAGGUAGCGCUUAGAAUUUCUAAAUCACAUUUGGGGUAUGGCUAAUGAAACAACUGCAAACGUUUGUCCAAUCCACCAGAAAGAAGCAUAUGAAAGUAGUCAUGAUAAGUAUGUUUUCCAUAAAACUAAAAGUUCAAUUUAGGAGCAAGAACAAAACUACGGCAUUUACAGCAUUGCUCUCUUCUUUCAAAAAUCGGAGAAAAAGAAAAAUGCUUUGGCCUCCUAGCAGAUAAGUUGGGUUGAGAAACCAGAUUUAGCAAACCUUUCACGGAAUGGCGCAAGGAAGGACUACCUAUAUUCAUGCUCUUUUUUUUCUUCAGUAAACUAAGAUUUAUAAAAUUAGGAUUAUGAUGCUGAAUUAGACCAAUUAAUUUUUUAUGUAAGUGGCCCUUGUUUUUAGAUUGGACUAUAUUUCAUCAUUUUGGAACAGGAAUUGUAUAUAUACAUAUGUAUCCUGAUAUGAUGACAUAUAUUGAUUAUAUUGGAAAAGAUAGUAUGUGUUACAUGCAGUAAGUUAACAUUUACAUAAAAUAUAGUUGUUGUAACACCCAGAAAUUAAUCUGCAUACAGAGAGGAAAUUAU